CAAAGUCAACCCAGCAGCCUCGCGUCAACGGUUUGUCUUUUGCGACCCAGACUUGGGCUUGGUUCACUUUCACAGAAAAGUGGAAAAAGCAUUUUAUCCUCAGUACGGCGUCGUUUCCAGCAUUGUCCAAGUAGUAAAAGUACAAAGCGGGAGGAGAGGACGCCACAAAAGGUGAGCACAAAGGCCGGGCGUGAACUCAAUCGGUCAAAUUCAAUUAAAUCCUCCCCCUCAGUUCCGAUUUGCCCCUAUCACUUGUCACCACCAACCAACCCAGACGCAGAGUUACAGUCCGUGAAGCCGGUAACCGACGCCGUUUGACUUUGUCUAAUGCUCUGAGAGAUGGCCAUAGCUGACCAAAAGUCGUCGUCCGACGGAAAAGUCUGGGGCUUCUUGAAGCGGCCGUUUCGGCCGUCCGGGAACACCACCGUUACGACGUCGUCCACAUCGUCGUCGCACAACGCUCCUCAGCAUAGCAACGGUCCUCAAGGCGACGGAUCAAAUCCACAAGCUACGAAUUCGGUGUCGUCCGUCGCCAGGUCGCUGCUCCCCACUCGCCGUAGACUCAAGCUCGAUCCCCACAAUAAACUCUAUUUUCCUUGUGAACCUGGAAAGCAGGUUAGGAGCGCCAUUAGAAUUAAAAACACAAGCAAGUCAUACGUAGCUUUCAAGUUUCAAACGACUGCACCAAAAAGUUGUUUCAUGCGUCCUCCAGGAGCUAUUCUCAGUCCUGGCGAAAGCAUUAUAGCAACUGUAUUCAAGUUUGUGGAGGUUCCGGAGAACAAUGAAAAAUUGGUGGAUCAAAAGAGCAGGGUUAAAUUUAAAAUCAUGAGCCUGAAGGUGAAAGGAGCAAUGGACUAUGUACCCGAGCUGUUUGAUGAGCUGAAGGACCAAGUGGCAAUAGAGCAGAUCCUACGGGUUGUCUUUCUAGAUCCAGAGCGUUCUACCCCAGCUAUGGAAAAACUGAAGCGUCAAUUGGCUGAUGCUGAUGCUGCACUUGAGGAACGCAAGAAACCUCCAGAAGAUGCUGGUCCGAAGAUUAUUGGAGAAGGGCUCGUGAUAGAUGAAUGGAAGGAGAGGAGGGAAAGAUAUCUUGCUAGGCAGCAAGUGGAAGGGGUGGACUCGGCAUGACCUGGUGCUUCAUUUGUUUUGUAAGGUUUUCGCUGAUUGGGUGGAAAAAUCAAUAGUCCACUCUGGUCUAUCAUUUGUAACCCUCUUUUAUCUUUUCCCGCAGAUGUUGUAUUCAAAAAAAUGACGAGGACAGUCCAAAUAUACUUGGAUGUAAAAAAAGAAAACAAUGUGAAGUGGAGAGUCUCUUGUAAUGUGGGAGUACUCUGAACUUGGCUAGUAGUCACAUCUCUAUGUAGAUAAGGCGAUUUUGUGUUGAUUUCGUGUCUCUUUCGUGAAUAAAACUGGUCUUUCGAAUGA